CCAAAAAGAAAAAAACACACAAUCAACAAAACAAAACAAAUCCACUGCACGUUACAACAAUGGAAGAUAGUUUAAGUUUUCGUACAAUUUUGGAAUCGAAUCAUUUUCGAGUGAUACUAAACUUGCCGGAACUAGAUCUAGAACAUGAAAGUAAUCUGGUGCUAAAUAUCUUCCCGAAAGAGUGCACCUUUACGGCGGCGCCGUAUCAUGCAAGAAUCCCUUUAACGCACACUGUCCAUCCUGGGAAAGCAUUUCCCGAACAUAUAGAUUAUGAGAAAAGUACGGUAUCGUUUCGCGUUCCUCUAGCUGACGACGUUAUACCGGGUGGUAGUGAAAUCCCGUCCUACCCUUACGGUUUCGGCCGGCUCUACAAUGGCCCACUUUCACUGGAAACAAGCCAAGAGCUGAAGGUACUUCCUGACCCGUACAAAUACAGCCUCCCGCAACGGUGGGAAAUGAUGGAAGAGGCGGAAAACAGCGAUUUCCACGGUGAACAUUACGGAAUGGACUACAUACAGUUUGCUAUCGACAGACUGGGACUUUCACUGGACAGCCCGUCUGUAUCGUGCCAACUAACCGAAGACCAGUCGUACCGGGUACGAGUGAUCCUAGAUGAGAAGAUACGCAACAAAGAAACGUACACCACCGGCAUCGAAGAACACCACCAGCCACUGGUACUCGGCUUGAUCGAUAUACUGCUUGCCGUUGGUUACGAUCGCUUAACCAAUAGCAAUGAACUGAAUGAGGCAAAUUCACACAUCAACAUUCACCGCAUAUCCGGUACGCUCGGGUACUUUGUGGAGUUUAACGAUGUGCAGCAAACGUUACGAUCGUUUUAUCGACGAUCCUGCACGUACCCUUACUAUAGGAACAAAGAAAUUGCAAUGGCAUGUGUGCAAGGUGUGAUAAACGGGCUAACCUCCGUAGACCGAAAGGUAUGGAUCCAGCGGCAGCUGAUGCACGCGUACGAAGCGUUUAAGACGACGGAAUGUGCCGUCCUGAACCACUACUUUGUCAAAGAUUAUGUUCGCUACGUGGAGCUGGGAUUAAACGAAGAGAUUUUGUUGAAAUGUAUCGAAGAUAUGCGAAAGAUACUUCCCGACGUACACCACACGGCUCUUGGGUUUAGUGAAGAAAAGCUGAUCCAAAAACUGCUGCAGGACAUUAUUACACAGGAGGAAUCGGAUUUCACCGACUCGGACGAUUACGACACGGCGGAUAGCGAGAGUGACGGUAGCGAUAGCGAUAACGAAUCGUCAUCAUCAUCUGCUGCUACCGUUGAAGAUACAAAUCCAAGUGAAAACGUGCUAGAAAAGCUAAUGAACCUCAAGCUGUCGGGCUGAGCGCCACUUUUCCUUUGAAUCAAACGCUUCAUCUCAGAAUCAAAACUCAAAAACACCGUGUUCCAAUCAGGUUUACUAUGCAGAUAUAUAGUUUUAUUCAGUUUUAGAGAAAUUUGUUUUUCAAACAAAUUAAAUGUUAUAAAAUACAUUCUUUUUUUAAUCAUUCUUUGACCUGGUCAAAUUUUUGUAAAACCUAUACAUAAAGAAGCUUUUUCAUGCUCUUGUCACAUUAAUACACGUUAUACCUUCCUUCACGGGCGCACACUUCUGCCUUCAAAAGCAGCAUAGGAGAGAUCUAUAGAUUUAUGUUUGAAGCAUGCCACAAA